CCCGGUUUCAAUUUUUCCUUCCUUUCCUGUUUCGGCUUGGCAUAGAAACACACAUAGCAAUGGCUCCUCGUAAGGGUAAGGAAAAGAAGGAAGAACAGGUGAUCAGCCUGGGACCUCAGGUUGCUGAGGGCGAGAAUGUUUUUGGAACAUGCCACAUCUUCGCUUCCUUCAAUGAUACCUUCGUUCAUGUUACUGACCUGUCUGGCAAGGAAACAAUCUGCCGCGUGACUGGUGGUAUGAAGGUGAAAGCUGACAGAGAUGAGUCCUCUCCUUAUGCUGCUAUGUUGGCAGCUCAGGAUGUGGCUCAGAGGUGCAAGGAGCUGGGCAUCACUGCCCUGCACAUCAAACUGCGCGCAACUGGAGGCAACAGAACCAAGACCCCCGGACCUGGUGCACAGUCUGCACUCAGAGCCCUGGCUCGUUCUGGUAUGAAGAUUGGACGUAUUGAGGAUGUCACCCCGAUCCCGUCAGACAGCACUCGCAGAAAGGGUGGCCGUCGCGGACGUCGUCUGUAAAGUUUUCUGCUACUGGCAAUAAAAAAAAAUCUAAUUGG